AUGUCAUCCCCAAAGGCCCUCAUUCAGAUCCUCAUCAGCGGCUCGGUCAUCUUUGGCAGGGCACUACGCGCUGGGGCGCAGCAGGCUAUCAAAAAUGCGAAAUAUACACCCGAGGCGGUGGCUGGAGGGGACGUCGCGGGUCUCAAGAACGCAACGUCGCAGUCAAUAACAGACCAGUUGACGCGGCAACACCGCAUGACCCUGGACGAGGCGGAGCUCAUACUCAAUGUCAAGCGAGAGGCGGAGAUGGAACAGGUUUUGAAGAACUACGAACACUUGUUCAAGAUGAACUCUCCGAAGGAGGCCCCCGCGCAGCCGCAGAAGCCCGUCCGCGGGAAGAAGCUGGCGCCGCCCUCCCAUUCACACUACCUCCAGUCCAAGGUCGUCCGUGCACGGGAACGUAUAGAGGCGGAGCACGCACCGCCGCCCCCCGACGCGCCCAAGGCCGGCUGA